AAACCCUACAUGUGAGGGGAGUGCGGAUUCAGGACAACUCUCAAGUCUAACCUAUCCAAACAUAUGAAAAAGCAUACAGGUGAAAAACCCUACAAGUGUGACCAGUGCGAUUAUUCUUCUGCAUUUAACGCCAGUUUGAACCGACACAUGGCGAAACACACUGGUGAAAAACCCUACAUGUGUGGGGAGUGCGGGUACAGGACGGCUGACAGGUCUACCUUAACCGUACAUAUGAGAAGACAUACCGGUGAGAAACCCUACAAGUGUGACCAGUGCAGCUAUUCUGCUGCACAGAAAAGCUCUUUAAACAAGCACAUGACCAAACACGAUUGUAAAUGAACUGUACUUGAAGAAUGUGGCUCCAGGAAGACUGAACAGUAAAGGGCUACAGGACGGUUGGCAGCCUUCAGUAUUGGCAAUAAGCGUCCUGGAGAAGCAGUAUCGUACAAGACACAUGGACAGGGAAGGGAUAAAGCAUAAUAAGUGACACCAAACGUUUGCGAGACCUGUUUUUCAUAAAGACAUCAAUGGAAAAAUACGGCUUUGAAGAAACUUUUUCACACCUUUGUGUGUGUGGUAGGUGCACUGUAGCUUUACGCCAUUGAAAACAUUUUAAUGGAGAAAGACAAGACAGAAAGGUGAUAACACUUGAGAAAAGGGGUACAGUUCGUCUUGAGAGCGAGGUGUAACAAACAUUGUGACUGUCUACGGCACAGGUAGACAAAUCCUUACUAUGGUAAACUCUUACUCGGGGAGCAGGCAAGUAGCAUGAUGCCGAAAUAUCUAUGUUGGAGAAUAUCAAAAC